GGCCAACACACGUCUUCUGCCGCCAGAUAACAAGCCUCUUUAACAGACUUUCAGCGCAGUCUGGCAAAACAGAGACCUUCUGAGAGGAAAUGAGAGGAUACAGAGGCAUCAAGUACACUUUAUUCAUCUGCUGCUACGUCUUCUGGGUGGUGAGUGCCAUCCUCACAGCAGUUGGAAUCUACGGCAAGAUCGCCAAGGAGAAAGAUGUGGUUGACACCCUGACAUUAGAUCCAGCUCUGCUGUUGAUCGUUGUUGGCUCGGCGAUGUUUCUCAUCACGUUCCUCGGGUGUUUUGGAGCGCUGCGUAACACCACCUGCCUUCUGAAGAUGUUUCUUGGGAUCCUGGUAGCUGUCCUGCUCCUGCAGAUCGCUGCUGGGGUGGUCGGAUACCUCUUCACUGACAUGGUGAUGGAGAGGACGGAGAGGCUGAUGAUGAAGGCCAUCGUCCGUUACAGGGAGGACCGGGACCUGGAGAACGCCAUUAACUUUAUCCAGAAGAAGUUUCGUUGCUGUGGAGUUGAGAGCUACAAGGACUGGUCUCGUAACGUCUACUUUGAGUGUUUGGACACAAACCCUAGUCUGGAGGCCUGUGGAGUUCCCUUCUCCUGCUGCGUUGGUUUACAGAACCAGACGGUGCUGAACACUAUGUGUGGUUAUGGGGUGCAGCAGCUGGAGGAGUCUUCAGCCGGUCAGGAUGUCUUCACCAUCGGCUGCUUGCAGGGGAUCGCGCUGUGGGCCAAAACUAAUCUGCUGCUGGUGGCCGGUCUGACGGCUGGCCUGCUGCUGCUCGAGGUCUGCAUGAUCGGCUUGGCUGCAGGUCAAAUCUCCUGGAUAAAGAAAGUCCAACAACUAAAGAACGAAGAUGCACCCAGAAGGAGGUCAGAAAGAAAGGACAGCUACUGGUAUCCCGCUUUUGCAGACUUCAAUGAUGAAUGUAAUUCUGAGUGAUGGGAUGGAAAAAUAUCUGAUAUUUCCACUGUGAUUAUCUAGUUUGUCAUUUUAGGAGAGUGUCAGAGGCUCUCCCAGUGAACAGCUUCCAUGCCUUGUUGGAAAUUGAACUACUACCUCAUGUCAAACCACUUCAGGUCACCUUUCUUAUAUACAAGUAAGUGAUUCAAAGAGAAAGUCAGUUUUGUUAUCAACAUAAUGUGAAAAGUAUUAGAAAUAUUUGUAUAUUAUGAAAAGCUGUUCAUUGUAGAUUAUUCAAAAUGCACACCCAGUACAAAACAUUUAAAUCACUGUGUAUUUUGUAUGUAUAUAAAUGUACAUGUGUAUUAAUCAUUGUGAGAAUAAAGCUUGAUGUAGUUAUUCCUCAGAC